AUGACUUCACGCGAGCCCUCGGCGGCGCCUUCAGAGGGCGACACCAUCGACGACCAGAUGGAAGACACGAAGCCUGACCUUGCAGACCUUGACCAAGAGCAAGUCGAAACAGUGGAAGAAACACCCGCUGAGCCUACUCCUACGAGCGGUCGUCGAGCGCCCCGAUCCAAAGCCGGAUCUGCGAGAAAAUCAAAAGCCCGCAAGGGUGCAAUUUGGAUACACGAACAACCUCACGAAGGCACUGAAGAUGAGGGCAGUGUUGCCUCGGCGCCUCUCUCACGGACCAAAAAAUCAGAAGCCACUCCCGAAUCGGAGCCCAGAACAAUUGGAACUGCGGUCGGCACGAGGAGACAGGCCAACGGCACUGUUGGCUCAGUCUACUCUGGCAGCAAAGUUAGACAUAUCAAGAAGCCCGAUGGCACGCCCCUUUGGCGCAAAGAGAUCCAGUACGAAUUCUUGCGGAUCGUCAUCGAAGACACGAAGCCAGUGUUCACCCGAGUCAGUGAUGGCAAACCUGGUUGUUUGUUCUCCGACAUAUACGUGGACUGCAUGGCACGAAGUUCCAAGACAAGCAAGAUCCUCAAGGACAGGCUUCAAGUUGAUCGACAGGCGGCGCAUAACAUGGCAAUGAUAUGUCUCCUCGUCAAUGUGGGCCGCAUGAACACGACACUGAACUUCUUCCCAGAGAUGAGAGCCCAGCUGAGAACGUAUCAUUCCAUCCCGUCUCUGCAAGCCUACAAAAGUCAAAGAGACUACAAGUCACUUCAAGAUGCGCCACGGUUGAAAAGUAUCCUCAAGGGUGCAAGUGAGGACACCGACGAGCCUCGCACACUUGCAGCGAUCAAGGCGAAACCGAUUCCAAGGACGAACCCAGUCAAUCUGAUCUUCGUCCUCUCCCAGUUUGCGCCCAAGAUCAGUGAGAUGCACUUUACUGAUAAAGUUGACUUCUUUGACCUUGCCAUGCGGCCAACCAUCUCAUCCGGAACCAGGGCCAGGGCGUUUUUGUGGCUCAUGUGGUGGUAUCUUGAGUCAAAUUUUACCAAGGAAGACGCACUGCGGAAUCCAUACGGCCCUGGAGAGUACAGGGAAGACGAAGACCCCAACGAUCCCGACAUAGUACCACAACUGGUACCAAAAUUGACAACUAUUACGGAGGCAGAGGGUGAUGCUGAGAAUAUUGACCCACCAGAGGAAGUUGCCUUUGCUGAGAAAAUGACACAGGAAAGGCGGAGGAUCAUGUUGGAGAACGCUAAUGACCCGCCCCUGGUGAUGGCUGACCCAGGAAAUCCAGACCACAAAGCCCUGAAACGUCUCAAGAAAAGCGCUGCGUACGGGGACGAGGACUCCCUUAUUUCUGACGUGGAUUCACGGGCAAGUCCCGGUGUAGGACGAUCCCCAGCGCCAGAGUCUGUUGGUCCCCACGGACACGUUAUGAGCAGCGCUCUUGGGGGUCAAGCCGACAGCUUGGAUGAUGAUUGGGAAGCUGUUGACCCACACCCUGGCCGCGGACGGUACAAGCGUGUCAGGGGGAAGAACACACCGACACGGAGUAGAGGAGGUGCCAGACAGAGUGAUGGCCCCAGGAGCCUGCUCAAAUCAGGCCGCAAUGCUAGCACUCCAGACACAAUGGAUCGGUAUCGAGGGACGCCUCAACCGCUACACCCUGGCACUGGGAACCAUCCAGUCAUCGGUCAGUUUAACACACCUCGAGGCAAGAACGAGACUGACGUGAUAGGGGGCCGACCUGAGCCAGCUGCUGGUGGCACCGGCACUAAGGCUAGGGCUCGGACAGGGUAUCAGCGCGAACUCGAGGAACAUCGACAGCGUCGAGUCGAAUGGGCCCUCCGGAGACGUCGUAGGCAAGCCCUCCAGGAAGCACGGCAGUUAAGGGAAGGGUGCAGAUGGUUGCUGCAGGCGGCCAGGCGAGUUAGUGAGCUCCCUCCAACCUAUGACAGCGAAGAGGAAGAGGAGGCGGGAGAAUCUGGCUUUGCCGGGGUGCUUGGCCGCAGAUGGCAUGGCGACGAACCCGAGUCCGGACAUGUUCCUGUUGGCUAUGAACCCGACGAUCAUGGUGAGGAAGUGGAAACAUGGACCAAGGUCCUGAGGAAGACAGGGAGACGCCUGGAAGUCUGGGGUGGAGACCGUGAUCUGGCCGUAUACCAUGCCCGACUCCAACAACGCCACCAGGCCGCCGAAGAUAAUCUCACUGCAGCCCCUUCUCGACCACUCACAAAUGGCACGCGCAAGAAGCGACGCCCGCGUGAAUAUCCGGCACAACAGUCCCUUCCUGAAGUGGCUAGGCCUACACCACCCACCCGAACUGGAGGCAGAGAUCUCAAUGAUGAAAUCACCCAAGAUCUGUUGGCUGAGCGAAGCGACGAAGACAUGGACGAUGACGAUUCUCGUGCUGAUGUGGAUGGCGAGGGAGACGAGAGUGACAUGGAUGUGGACUGA